GUGAAGCAGUGCUUAGUCGAGAGAGUGUUCACGCACAAUCGCAGUAUUUAGGGUUUCUCAAAUUUGCUCUCCUGAUCAAACCCCAAAUUUUCGUUGGUGUUUGUGUCUAUGCUCGCAAAUUUCUCUCUGACCCCUCUCGUUUUUUCAUAAUCGUUAAUUGUCAAUGGGAUCUGCAACUAAUCUAAAUUCAUCCCCCGCCGAUGAUGGCGACGUUGCGGCUGAUUCCGGCGAACCUGUCGACGCCGUCAUUGAUUCCUCUUCUCAUGGAGCAGGUACUAAGAAAGGGAAGAAAAGAACUGAAGCUACAAAGGCUAAGGAUAAAAAGACUGGGCAGACAAAGAAGAGAAGCUGUCCAGAUACUGCUGAUUUACCGGAUGCCUCCAGGAGGAGACCAAGGAGAGCUGCUGCCUGUACAGAUUUCAAGGAAAAAUCUGUCCGAAUAUCUGAAGCAUCCUGUAUUGUUGAAUCGAAGGAGGAGCAGUAUGCGGAGGAGGAAAUUCUCGCAAUACGCUUAACUUCUGGUCAGAAUGAUGAAGCUCGACCAACCAGGGGACUUACCGAUUUCAUCUUGCAUGAUUCAAAUGGGGUCCCACAGCCUGUGGAGAUGUUGGAAGUUGAUGACAUGUUCAUCACAGGUCUUAUCUUGUCGCUCGAAGAAAGUUCUGACAAGGAAAAAGAAAAGGGCAUCAGGUGUCAAUCCUUUGGUCGGGUAGAAGCUUGGAAUAUUUCUGGCUAUGAAGGAGGCUCUCCAGUGAUCUGGCUUUCGACUGAUUUGGCAGAUUACGAUUGUCACAAACCUGCUAGUGGCUAUAAGAAGAUUUUUGAUUAUUUUGUCGAGAAGGCACGUGCUUCAGUGGAGGUGUACAAGAGAUUGUCCAAGUCUUCAGGUGGGGAUCCUGAUGUCAGUCUAGACGAGUUGCUAGCAGGUGUUGUUAGAUCGAUGAUUGGAAGCAAGAGCUUUUCUAGUGGGGCUGCCAUCAAAGAAUUUGUCAUAUCCCAAGGUGAAUUCAUAUAUAACCAACUGGCUGGAUUGGAUGAGACGGCCAAGAAGAAUGAUGCAAACUUUGCAGAGAUUCCUGUUCUCGUUGCUCUCAGAGAUGAGAGUAGCAACCGCGAGAAUUUUGCACAAAUGGAUACAAAGCCUUCCAAUGGUGCUAUAAAGAUUGGUGGAAAUGAUGUGAAUGUAGUGAGGAAGGCCUUGUCAUCUGAUCACAUGGAUGCAGGCGAGGAGGACGAAAAACUGGCCAAGGUUCUACAAGAUGAAGAGUAUAGGAAAUCAAUGAGGCCCAGGAAAAAUAGCCGCUCAGCUUCUGCUUCGAACAAAUACUACGUAAAGAUCAAUGAAGAUGAGAUUGCGAACGAUUAUCCACUCCCAUCAUAUUAUAGGAACUCCAAAGAAGAAACUGACGAGCUAAUAGUUUUUGAUCCUGACUAUGGGGUGGAUGACACUGAUCAACUUCCUCGCAGUAUGCUUCACGAUUGGGCAUUGUACAACUCUGACUCAAGGUUGAUUUCCUUGGAGCUUCUUCCCAUGAAGCCUUGUGCUGACAUUGAUGUCACUAUUUUUGGGUCUGGGAUAGUGACUGAUGAUGAUGGAAGUGGGUUUUGCCUUGAUACGGAUUCCAGUUCCUUUGGGGGUUCUCAGUCUCACGAUCCUGAUGGCAUGCCUGUCUUUCUCAGUCAAAUCAAAGAGUGGAUGAUCGAGUUCGGCUCUUCAAUGAUCUUCAUAUCGAUUCGAACAGAUAUGGCCUGGUAUCGACUUGGAAAACCUUCAAAGCAGUACGCCCCAUGGUAUGAACCUGUAAUGAAAACAGCUAGAAUUGCGGUUAGCAUUAUUACUUUGCUGAAGGAGCAAAGUAGGAUUGCAAGGCUUUCAUUUGCCGAUGUCAUUAAGAAAAUGGCAGGGUUCAAGAAGGACGAUAAAGCUUACAUUUCCUCUGACCCUGCAGUUGUCGAGAGAUAUGUGGUUGUCCAUGGGCAAAUAAUUCAGCAGCUUUUUGCAGAAUUCCCAGAUAAAGAUAUCAAAAGAUGCCCAUUUGUUGUUGGUCUUGCAAACAAAAUGGAGGAGAGGCACCACACCAAAUGGGUAGUGAAAAAGAAGAAAAUCUUGCAGAGAGAGCCAAAUCUGAAUCCAAGGGCAGGUAUGGCCCCUGUGGCAUCCACGAGAAAGGCUAUGCAAGCAACAACCACUCGAUUGAUCAACAGAAUCUGGGGGGAGUAUUAUUCCAAUUACUCUCCAGAGGAUUCUGUUCAGGUCAAUGAAGAGACAAAAGCCGAGGAUGAAGCGGAAGAGCAGAAUGAAAAUGAGGAAGAUGAUGCUGAAGAUAAUCUUCAGGAAUCAGAUAAAGCUGAGAAAUCUCCUCCUUCUCUGAAGAAAGUCCGGGCAAGUUCUGGAAAGAAGGAACUAGGGUGGGAUGGUGAGCUUAUAGGAAAAACGUCUGCUGAUGAGCCUCUAUAUAGACAAGCCUACGUUGGUGAGGAAAAUGUUGCAGUGGGUGGUGCAGUGUCAUUGGAAGUCGAUGAUUCAGAUGAACUCCCUGCCAUCUAUUUUGUGGAGUACAUGUUUGAAAGCUUAGAUGGUUGCAAAAUGUUCCAUGGAAGACUCAUGCAUAGAGGAUCCCAGACUGUUCUUGGAAAUACGGCGAAUGAGAGGGAGCUGUUUCUAACAAAUGAAUGUAUGACCUUAGAGAUGAAGGACAUAAAGGGAACAAUUCUUCUGGAGAUUAGAUCAAGGCCAUGGGGGCAUCAGCACAGAAAAGAGAAUGCAAAUUCCGAUAAGCUUGACCAGGCAAGAGCUGAAGAGAGAAAAAUAAAACAAUUGCCGAUAGAGUACUAUUGCAAAAGCUUAUACUGGCCUGAGAGAGGGGCAUUCUUUAGUCUUCCACUGGGUGAUAUGGGCCUCGGCUCUGGAUCAUGCAAGUCAUGCAUGAUAAGGAAGGAGGAAGAGAAAAAGUUACUGUUCAAACUCAACACAUCCAAGACAGGAUUCUUCUUCAAUGGAGUGGAAUAUUCUACAGACGAUUAUGUCUAUGUCAACCCUGGCUACUUUAAUGGCGAGAAGGUGGAGGCUGAAGUUUUUAAGGCUGGGAGGAACGUUGGGCUGCGGGCAUAUGUUAUUUGCCAAUUAUUGGAAAUCAUUGUUCUAAAGGGAACUAAGAACGCUGAAUUGAGUUCCACCGAAGUUAAAGUGAGAAGGUUUUACAGGCCUGAGGAUGUUUCUGCAGAGAAGGCUUAUGCUUCAGACAUUCAAGAGGUCUAUUACAGUGAAGAAACACAUGUUCUGCCUACAGAGGCUAUAGAGGGGAAAUGUGAAAUCAGAAAGAAAAAUGAUGUGUCCUCAUGCAGUGGAUAUCUGAUGUCAGACCAUAUUUUCUUUUGUGAACAUCAGUAUGAUGCUGUUAGCGGCGCCCUCAAGCAGUUACCCGCCAAUAUCAAGCUGAGGUACUCCACUGGAGGGGUUGGGGAUGAUGCUGCCUUGAGAAAGAAAAAAGGAAAGGGUAUAGAAGGAGAAACUGAUUCAGAGGUCAUGAAGCUGGAAGAGACACCCAAAGAAAAGCGUCUGGCUACACUUGAUAUUUUUGCAGGUUGUGGUGGUCUCUCCGAGGGUCUGCACAAGGCGGGUGUAUCUGCAACGAAGUGGGCGAUUGAAUAUGACGAACAGGCUGGGGCUGCUUUCAAACUUAAUCAUCUCGAAUCAACAGUGUUUGUUAACAAUUGCAAUGUGAUUCUUAGGGCCAUAAUGGAGAAGUUUGGAGAUUUAGAUGACUGUAUAUCCACCUCUGAGGCUGCUGAACUUGCUGCUUCCCUUGCCGAUGACCAGAAAAAUGCUCUGCCAUCGCCAGGUCAAGUGGAUUUCAUUAAUGGAGGACCUCCAUGCCAGGGAUUUUCUGGUAUGAACAGGUUUAACCAAGGCACUUGGAGUAAAGUUCAAUGUGAAAUGAUAUUAGCAUUCUUGUCUUUUGCUGAUUAUUUCCGGCCGAGAUAUUUUCUCUUGGAGAAUGUCAGAAACUUUGUGUCCUUCAACAAAGGACAGACAUUUCGCUUAACGCUGGCUUCACUUCUUGAAAUGGGUUAUCAGGUAAGAUUUGGAAUCCUGGAGGCUGGUGCAUAUGGAGUUUCUCAAUCCCGUAAACGAGCAUUCAUAUGGGCAGCUGCCCCAGAUGAGAUUCUUCCAGAAUGGCCUGAGCCAAUGCAUGUCUUUGGUGUCCCAGAGUUGAAGAUCUCACUAUCCGGGGGUUUGCAUUAUGCUGCUGUUCGUAGUACUGCAAAUGGUGCACCUUUCCGUUCAAUCACUGUGAGAGAUGCUAUUGGCGAUCUUCCACCAGUGGUUAACGGAGCCUCCAAGACGAACAUGGAGUAUCAAAGUGAUCCUUUCUCAUGGUUCCAAAAGAUGAUCAGAGGAAACAUGGCCGUUCUCACUGAUCACAUCUCUAAAGAGAUGAACGAACUGAAUCUCAUCCGGUGCCAGAAGAUCCCAAAGAGGCCUGGUGCUGAUUGGCGUGACCUCCCCGAUGAAAAGGUGAAAUUAUCUAGUGGGCAAAUGGUGGAUUUGAUACCGUGGUGCCUACCGAACACGGCCAAGCGACAUAACCAGUGGAAGGGGCUGUUCGGGAGGUUGGAUUGGGAAGGCAAUUUCCCGACAUCGAUCACCGACCCUCAACCCAUGGGAAAAGUGGGAAUGUGCUUCCACCCUGACCAGGACCGAAUUCUCACUGUCCGUGAAUGUGCCAGAUCUCAGGGUUUCCCGGAUGGCUAUAAAUUCUCGGGGAACAUACAGCACAAACACCGGCAGAUCGGAAACGCAGUCCCUCCGCCGCUUGCAUAUGCACUCGGCCUCAAGCUCAAACAAGCCCUCCUCCUCAAGCCCCCUCCUGCCUUGUAACUUGUCUAGACAAAAAGAGUAUAUACGUGUAUGUAAAAAAAAAAAAGGUAUCAUUCGUUUUAUGUAGUAAUCGUUGUAGACUGUGACAAUGUUGAGAAAUUUGUACUGUUCCAUUUCGCAUUGGCACCUCUCGUCCUCUUCUUAAUUCAAGUGUUUGAAGAUAAA